AGCAAUUAUGCAUUUGUGAAUGUUAAAAAGUUAAAUGUUGAUUACAUUUUCACAAUAAUUCAAAUAAUAAAUUAAGAUAGUGCAUAGCUUAAUAUUUUUUAUUAUGUUGUUUAUAAUUAAUAAUUAUUAAAUAACAAUUUCUAUGAUAGUUGAAAAUAGCAAUAUAGCAUAGGUCUAGUGAAAGAUGUCACAGAAGACAGAAUCACAGAUAUGAAACAAUUACGAAAUUAACUAUAAAACAAAAAAUUGGUUUAAUGGCUGUAGUUCUAUGCACUAAGCCGAUUAUCAAAAAUUCCUAUCUAAGUAUGCAUAAUGCAAAAACAUGAAAAAAUAGUUUGUGAUGUGAAUAAGGAUUAAUGAAUAUCAGUCACUACCUAAUACCUAUUACCUAUCUAUAAUCUAUUGUAAUAUGUGAGAUACUCAUACUGGCAUUGGCAUACCACUUUAUUGGGAUGACUCUCUAGACUUGAUACAUAUACCUUAGUAGUAAGUAUAAGGUCUAUGUUUGUCCCAUGUAGAAACUUGCUUACUUUAACAGUUGUUUAACACAGAGCAUACCUAGCAUACAUAAUAAAUACAUGAAUAGGAUAUUAAACUAAAUAUUUAGGUAUCUAAUUGGCGAAAGGAUAAUAGAUUAUAGUUAGUAUAUAUAUCAAUAUAUGUGACCUAUAUAGACUAUAGAGUGACAAAAUUAUUUUAUUAAAAAACAAAUAUUUUUAUGGUUAAUAUAAUAUUAUAAUGUAUGUUAAUUAAAUUGUUAUUAAUGUACUAUGUUAUAUCAAUUGUACUUUAAAUUUGAUUUAACUAAUUUUAACAAUUCAUUUAUCAUAUUAAGUAAUUUACUGAUGAUCUAAUAUUAUGUAGUAUGUACCUACCAAAUGUCCAACUAUUCAAGUAUGAAAUAAUAAAUUACUGACUAAUAAAAUUGUACGAAUGCUUUAAGAUUAUAAUACAUGAUAAUAUGAUAUAUGAACUAAGAAUACAACCAAUUUUAGUCUAUCAUAUCUGUUGCACAAACCAUGACAUAGAAAAUAUCUUAUAUUAUGGUAUAAUAAACGACAAUUAUUAUUAUAUGGCAAUGAUAAGAUAUAAGAAUGACCACUUGGCAGCACCAGAAAGUUGAAAGGAAAUAUUGUUAUCCUGAAAAAAUUUUCGGGACACUGGCACAAAAUUUAAAACCCAAAACAAUCUUCGAAUUUCUAUUAUCUAUGGCGAUAGUUGAGUAAUUUACUCUUUAUUCUCAAGCCAUAAACGGCCCGCUUAACUCUUCCUAAAACGCGUUCCAUAAAAAAAAAAAACAGCUGUAUAUGAUCAUGAUGGUAGUGAAAAAACACCACUUUAUGCUAAAAAUAACAAUGAAAAAGCUCUACUUAAAUUGAUUAUAGGAUUUUGUAUGGUAUUUUGCAUUGGAUUAUUAUUAAUUUUAUUAAUUCACAUUCAUUAUGGAUCAAAUCAGUUAGUGCCUCAUGGGAAUGUAGCAAGUGAUAAUGAUCAAUGCUCUCAAUAUGGAAUUGAUAUGCUCAAAAUGGGUGGUAAUGCAGUUGAUGCAGCAAUUACUGCUGCAUUAUGCAACUCUGUAGUACUCCUUCAUCUUUCAGGAUUAGGAGGAAGUGGUGUUAUGGUGAUAUACGAUCAUCGAACUGGUAUAGGAAAUACAAUUGAUUUUAGAGCUACACAUAGUUCACAUAAUAUUAUUGGAGUACCUGGUUUUUUAGCAGGAUUGUUUUAUGCUCAUGUAAAGUAUGGAAUUCUUCCUUGGAAGACACUAGUUGAGCCUUCUAUAAACCUAGCAAAGAUAGGCAUAACUAUUACAGAAAGUUUACUUGAAGCAAUUAAUCAGAAUACUACUACGUUAGUUGAAGAUGAAAACUUUAAGCAUUGGUUAUCUACAGUAUCAAAUAGUUCUAUUGGUGAAAUAGUUAAAGCACCAAAUGGUCUUAUAAAAACUCUUACCUCAAUAUCUUUACACGGACCUUUUGAGUUUUAUAAAGAAAUGUCUGAAGAAUUGGAGUUAAUUUUAAAGCCAGAUGAUGUAAUUAGCUACCAACCGCUUAUUUUACCAGUAUUAAAACAAAAAUUUAUGAACUAUUGCAUUAUAACUUCAAAUAAAGGUACUGGAGGACCAAUUUUAAUGAAAGUAUUAAAUAAAAUGAAUAAUACUAAUACACAUCUUGAAGAUUUAUCAUUAUUGAAUAGUUUUAAAGAUUUAGGAGAUGAUUGGGAUCAAAAUUACGGAUUACAAGUUUCAACUACUGAUGUUUUUGAUCUUUAUGUAACUAUUAUAAGUGGUCUUGGUUCUGUUUUUGGAUCCCAUGUUUUAACUAAAUCUGGUUAUAUAUUGAACAAUGCUUUGAAUUUAAAUCUUAAAGAUUAUAAGCUAAAUAAAACAGAACGAGUAACAUCAUUGCAUUUACCAAUUAUUGCUGUAGAAAUAGAAAAUUUAUGUGGAAGAAGAUUAAUCUCAGGUGCUGCUGAUGUACGUGAUGGUACUCAAUUACUUUUAUCUAUGUUAAAAACAGACCCACAAGAUAUAUUAAAUGUUAACACUAUUCCUCGUUUUCGUUUAAAAAAUAAUGAUGUUGGAAUUGAAUAUCCAAAUAAUAUAACUAAACAAUUUUCGAAAUUAUUGUCAAAUUUUGGAUUUAAUAUAUCUCAAGCAAGUUUGCCUUAUCCUACUUCUAAUAUAGUACAAAAAGAGGAAGAUAAAUCUGUUGCCUUCUCAGAUUCUCGUGGAUCUGGUAAAUCUUAUACUUUAUAGUGAAUGUUACAAUAUUAUAUGUAUAAUUUUUUUUAAACAACGAAUUGUAAUUGUGUUGUAUACUUUAUAUAUAAAAUAUAUUUUUUUAAUUGGACUUGUAAUAAAUACAUAAUAUACAAUAUUUUAAA